CGCCAUGACUAACAGGAAAAGGACAGACAAGUGUGAUAAGUGUGUGUGCCUGUGUGCCUGUGUGUCUGUGUGUCUGUGAACUGAGAUACGAUGAAACUUCAAGUCCUGCUUCUUCUUCUCCUUCAAGCUUUCUAUGGAGGGAGAGCGGUUGAAUCUCUCAGGGAAGCUGUCGGGUACCUCGGAGGGAGCGUCACUUUGCACUUGGGAGCCGAUCCAGCAUGGAAACUCACCAUAAUCGAGUGGUCAAUAUUCAAAAACACCACAUGGAUUGCCACCUAUCGCCCAGGGGGUAUAAACAUCAAUCGGGUGGAUCGAUAUAAAAAAAGACUCGGUCUUAACAUCACCACAGGUGACUUGACAAUCCAUCGAUUGACCAUGGAGGAUGACAUGGUGUUUACUGUAGAAUUCACCAACAAUGCUGGAAUUGGCAACUCCAGCAGAAUUCAUCUCACAGUGAAAAGACGACCUCAGCAACCGACCAUAAACACAACCAUCAGUGCAGAGGGAAAGGACGGCUGUUUGUUUUUUCUGAACUGUUCUUCAUCAGACGAGGGCGUCAAAUACUCCUGGAAGGUUCCACCCUCCAGUGUGUUCUACAAAACUGAUGCUGAUGACAACUCUGCGGUUCUUCUAGUGUUUCUAAACCCCUCAUCUGACUUUGCUAAUGUCACCUGCACCUCCAGCAGGGAGAAGGGAUCCAGCUCAAGUAAUGUCUUUUUACAUUGUAAUGGCAUCAGUCCACCCGAACCACAAAGGAGACCAAGUCAUGCUUUUUCUUUUGUUGGUGGAUUUUUCUUGGGGACUGUUCUAUUAUUAAUCAUAUACUUUAGCAGAGGAAAAAUCCAUGAUGCAUGGAACUUUGUCAAAGGAAAAUUCUGUAAAGGAAAUAACCCAGCAUAAUCCAAAAGUAAGCUAGGCAGGACAUGAAUGUUUCAAGAUGACUGAAUGACAACGCAACACGAAAAACAACAAUGGAGGUUCCCUGCAGUGUUUGUGUUGUCUUUGGGGUGAUGCACUGAUGUACUGUAAAAUCCGGUGCUCAUGAAUCUGGUGAGGUACGAGGUAAAUUUAGUAGUAUAGUAUACUUUGACUUUUGAAAUGCCUUUUUGAGUUUCCAACAGGGUUUUCCAUUGAUUGAUUUUCUUCAUCGCAAUAAUUCCAAUAUCUGAAUUUAAAAAUAUAUGUAUAUAUACAGUAUGUAUGUAGGUAUGUGUGUGUAUAUAUGUAUG